GAAGCCAAGCAAGCCCUCGAUCCCUUAGCGCUGCCUACUUGUUCUGCAAACCCGAAAACGGGAUUUAGAAACCUUUAAGUUCUCCUCUAGAGACCCUAGAAAAGGGAAUCUGAACACAAUUGGGAUGAAGGAGUCCCGCCCCAGCACGGAGUUCAGGGAUUCCCUGAGCAGCGUCCUCGCGGGCCAGUAGGCUUGCCUGAGGCCGGCUGCCCUCCCGCCCGGGCCCGGGCGGCAGGUUUGACGCGACGCCUCAAGCAGGCUAGCGGCUACGGAGUGCAGUCCUCCUGGCUGCAGGGGGCGCUGUGCGCCCGGCCACGGCCUCCGCUGCGGCUCCUUUCAAGGGCACGUGGCUUGGGACCGUGUGGAGCUUGCGGCCGCUUAGACAGCAGCUCCGAAGCUGGGAGGCUCCGGCUCCUCACCGACGCUCAGUCCGACCUGCUGACUGACUGCAAACCAGCCUGCGCCUGGCCAGGAGAACCGCAGCCCAGCGACGACGCGGCAGCCAUGGCUGAAGCGGCGCCUGACCGGCCAAAUAUAGAGAAGAGCUCCUACCUCUACUCCACAGAAAUCACACUGUGGACUGUGGUGGCCGCCGUUCAGGCCUUGGAGAAGAAAGUGGAUUCUUGCCUGGCCCGUUUGCUGACUCUGGAGGGACGCUCAGGGACAGCAGAGAAGAAACUGGCUGACUGUGAGAAGACAGCUGUGGCAUUCAGCAGCCAGCUGGAGGGCAAGUGGGCCAUGCUGGAGUCCCUGCUGCAGGAGUAUGGGCUGCUGCAGCAGCGGCUAGAGAACAUGGAGAACCUCAUGCGCAACCAGAACUUCUGGGUCCUGAGGCUUCCCCCUGGCCGCAAGGCGGAGGUCCCCAAGGUGCCUCUGACCUUUGAUGACGUGGCUGUGUAUUUCUCUGAAUUAGAGUGGGCCAAGCUGGAGGACUGGCAGAAGGAGCUCUACAAGCAUGUGAUGAGGGGCAACUAUGAGAUGCUCGUUUCUCUGGGUUAUGCCAUCUCCAAACCAGACAUUCUCACCCAGAUAGAGAGGGGAGAAGAGCCUUGUCCUGCAGGUCCCUGGGACCAGGAGAAGGGGAGUGAGGAGGAGACAGUAUGCCCAAGGAAACCAAACACAAGCAUUUCUCUGAGUCCAGAGCAGGCUCCAAGUCCAGCUAGCCCUGCCCAGGAGGAACCAAAUCAAAGGCAGACACCUGAGCGGCAGCAAGAGGGAGCAAGCAUGACUUCACCUGAGCCAGGCACUGGGAUCCCAGCAAACACCAGCACCUUAUCAAUUAAACAGGAGGGAGAAUCUGCAGAGGGAGAAGAGUUGCCGUCCUCCCCUCCCACAGAGAGCCUGCCUUCUGUGGGACCAGGCGGUGGUACUGUGGCCAUCAAGACAGAAGGCCCAUCUGAGGAUGACCCUGAGCAGCGCCUUCUGGAGUCUUCCAGCCAGUCCAUAUUUAGAGUCCACAAAAUGCCCAGGAUCAACACUAGAGGUCACAGAUGGCAUCACACCCAGGGGGUGCCUCAGGUGCGGAUUGGGGAACCCCAGGCAGCAGAGGCUAUGAGACAGCAACCCCGUAUCCUUCCUCGACCACGGAAGCAGGCAUUCCUGUGCCCUGACUGUGGGCAGAGCUUCCGCUUGAAGAUCAAUCUGACAAUCCAUCAGCGGACCCAUGUAGAAAAGGAACACAGGGAGGCUUGGAGUGGCUUGCCUGUUAGGUCAGGGAAAAGCCACUCCACACUGGAACCAGGGGAAGUGGUGGUGCCGGGCCCUGUCAUCCACUGGCUACCUGAGGAGCUCACAAGCCACCGGUCCCCAACAAGCCAUACCUUCAUGGGACAAAGGCCAGCAACUAAGGUUUACCACUGUAGUGAAUGCCUUCACUCCUUUCAGCAACGGAAGAGCCUGGCACUGCACCAGCGUCAGCACACAGACAGGCAGGGCUGUCCUGACUGUCCCUACUGUGGCAAGGCCUUCCGCCGGCCCUCAGACCUCUUUCGUCACCAGCGUAUCCAUACUGGUGAGCGUCCCUAUCAGUGCCCCCAAUGUGGCAAGGCCUUUAACAGGAACCACCACCUGACUGUCCACAUGCAGACUCAUUCCUGAGGCCAGGCAAUUUCCUCUUGCCUUCUGUCCUCCAGGGUAGUCUAGCCCUGCAAGGAUCCAGCCCUGAACAGGAAGGCUGACCAGAAGCCUGCCAUGAUACCUUCUGGCUCUUCUGGCAGGACCUGCACUAUCUCAGGGCCUUUCCCUUGUGCCUGACCUGAAAUUGGUCCCUCAAUCUGGGAUGGCUUAAGAGAGUCUGUUUUCCUUUCAAAUGGAAAGCAGCAGCUCUUUUGGUGACUGUGUGUGUGUGUGUGUGUGUGUGUGUGUGUGUGUGUGUGUAAAACAGGGUGCCUCUGUCUCCUAAUUCCUUUUUCGGACAUUCUGACUUGAAAAAGAUUCUUAAGACUUAAGGUCAGGCCUCUUUUGCUGGUACUGCAGGCAGUAGGAACAAAAAUUAUGUCUCUUCCAGGUGUGACAAGAGAGGCCUGGGGGAAAAGGUUUACAUGGAGAAAAGUCUGAAGUCCACCUGAGAAAAGAAAGUAGGAUUGAUAGAUAGCUAAGGGAAACACAGGAAAUUUGCAUUGGUUUGUUUGUUUGCUUUCUUUUUUCUUGGAGACCAGAGCUGCUGUGGGAUAGGAACUUUCUGCUUCCUCCUCCAUGUCGGGUUGGCAGGGUGGGAGGACCAGCUUAGUGCAGUCCUGAAAGCAAAGUGCCAGGCGUUUUGAAUGCCUAGAAUGGCUCACAGUCUUGUGAGUCCAUGUGAGUCUCUCCCUCACAUGGCUGGCACAUCCAUUACUACUACUUGUGAGGGAAAUGGAAGCUAGUAGAUUACUCCUCGCAGAUCUCAGCGUUGACAGUGAACUAAUCGGCUGGACUUUGGCUACUCUGUCUAUCCUUCACCCCUCUUCUUCACUUUCAAAUAACAAUAAAUAGGAGAGAGAAAAGAAUAGAGGGAGAAGUGGGUAAUGUUAUCCUUAGAUUACUUCCUGCUGGUAAGUGGUCUUGGGUUUCUUGGGGCAAGUUUAAUCUCCGAUGUCAGGAUAUCUAAUUUUUCUUUGUGCACUACUAUAUAACAAACCUCAACCAACAGCAACAACAACCAACUCUUGGGGCUCUAGCAUUUACCCUCUUUUAAUAGUCCCUAGAUAUUCCAAAUGGUGCACACUUACAGAAGCUGUCUGCAGCUGGCAAAAUCACGCCCCUGCGAGAGCACAGAACAGAUCAUAGCUGCUGUGGGCUGUGUGAAGCAGCUCUGCACCCCACACCUAGGAUUAAAACAAGAACAUUCCUAUAAUAUCUGUGUUUUUCAAAGAAACCAAAACUCCACUAUUGUCACUAUAGUGAAAGUCCUGCAAAACUGCCUGAAAGAGAAUGUUGUAGAGCAAGCCCAGGAAGCACCUGUCCUUUAUCUCUCUUGGGGCUUAUGUUCUUUGUGUGACAAGAAGAACAGCUCCUGGAUGCCACCUUAGACUUGUGUCAAAAGAGGUACUAGACAAAUAUGCGCGGUUUUGCUCUUCCUCUUAAGUCUGGGAUGCUUUUCUUGAUCCUGUGUCCUUUGUCCCCAGACAGGAAGGACCUUUCUCCUGCCAAGUGGUAGAAGUUCCUUCACUUUCCAGCUGAGCUGGUACCGUAGGGGCCCUUCAAAAACACAAGCUGGAGACCAGCAAUUUGAGGUGAUAGUGUCACGCCUCAAGAGUCAUGAGAGCGGGUGCUUCCUGUGCCUCCUUGUCACAGCACUUGGGUGCUGCCUAGACAGGCUGGUGGGUGCUUUCGGAGCUGGGGUGAUGAUUCCAGUUCUGAUAGUUUGCUCUCUUGUUUGGCGCUCAGACACCAGAGCACAUCAGGCGUGCUCCCAGGUGCCUUCUUCCCUAAAGUUCUUCAGACUCUAGAGCCACUCUAAAAUCCUGCAUCAUUCCCGGCGUAGAGGUAAGUAAGCAAGUCCAUGGCGUGCAGCCCGGGUUCUGGACUCUACUUGCCUGCUCACCCAACUAUCGUUUAGGACCUACAAGCAAGACAGCAGUUGUCAGUAAGUGCUCAGACAGGAUGUGGACAGUAUAGCUGCCCCAAACUUAAUCCUCCUGCUGCAAAUGCUCAUGAUGCUGUUCUGGAGGUCCCGGGGCAUCUCGCCUUGUGCUUUACAUGUUCUCUGGAAACAAUCUAUAUUUAAAGCACAAAUUCAAGUGCUAGGGGUAGGGAAGAAGGUGCUGUGCAAUCCUGGCUGGCCUUGGGCUUGCAGUUAUCUUUUUUUUUUUUCCUACCUCUAUCUUCAGAGUAGUAGGGUUUCCUUGCCUGCUCUCUUAUGCCCAGCUGGGCUUGCAUUUAUCCUGGAAUUCGGUAGGACAGGUUAAAGAGUAUUAUGAAUGAACAAAGCCUGCUUGAUUGCAGGAGCUGAACGACGUUGGAUCCCAGAUUCUUCUCACUUAAUUUCGUAAAAUAAAGAUAUGGUUGGGCCGCAAGGCCCUAAGAACUAUGGAGGUGGAAAUAUUAGCCUAGUCGGUGCUCUAUAAAUACACUGGAAAAA